UGUGUGUGUGUGUGUGUGUGUGUGUUGUGUGAUGUGUGCUCUGUGUGUGUGUGUGUCUGUCUCUUCAGCUGCAGAUGUGAAUGACUGAAGGAGAAGAGCUUGCGACAGGACUUCGCCUCCUCCUCCUCCUCCUCCUCCUCUAAUAACCACCGCCGCUUCCAGUGUGGGAAUCACAGCGCUUCACAUGAUGAUGAGGAUGAAGAUGAUGAGGAUGAUGAUGAAGAGUACGCUCAGCUGCCUCCUCCACAGCCACGUCUGCAGCAGCGCAGCCUCCCGCAUUCACACACAUUCAGCAACAUCAGAGAGUGGAGACGCAGCAGCAGCGCAGCCCUGCAGACACACACACACUCACAGAGCAGCAGCGCAGAUUCGCUGAGGAGGAGUAUGCCGGACCUGCUGACCGCUGUGAGUCUGACUCCAGCACUGAACUCUGUGUCCAUCAGGAGCAGCCAGAGCUUCGAGUCCUCCAGCGCUCUGAUGAGGACCUGCAUUCCAGCUCCUGGUCAUCUGCAGACUCGUGUUCAGAGUGUGGGGAAUUUCUCCAGUCGUCCGCAGCUCAAGGCCACGGCGUACGUCAGUCCCACCAUCAAGAGCUCGUCCUGCAGCUCGUCCCCCAGCGGGCCCCAGUGUGUGUCCGGCAGCGUCCCGAAGGCGUCUGCAGCAUCUCAGAUCCCGUCCCGCAGUGGUCUGCCGCGGCCGGCGUCCUUCAUCGCGGCCGGCUCGAACCCUCGCAGUAAACUCAGCACACCUGUGCGCAGUGUGCUGACUCCACCAAAGAACCUGGCGCCGCUGAGCGCUCUACGGGACGGACACUGGCGGGACGGGUGUUACUGAUGGACACACGGGUGUCAGACGGAUGGACAGUCAGCGGCUCUGGAGCUGUGACGGGUCACGAGUGUCCUGCAGGUCAGGAGACUCACUGCAGCACCGGAGCACUGACUGACCACUGCUGCAGGAGGAGGAGCACAGGGGCGCCAUAUGCAAACACACACUGCACUGAACACCACCAUCAUCAUCAUCAUCAUCAUCAUCAUCAUCAUUAUCAUUAUCAUACACUCAUAGUAAUCUGAUAUAUGUCAUAUAUGAAACAUAUUUUGAAAGAUUGGAGUAUGCCAAAUGAGACAUAACACUGGAGAGGCCGUGUUCAUUCUGAAGCGCUGCUGCUGCUCUGUCUCAGUGUGGAUGAGGGAAAACGGAGACAUCUGGAAACGGAGGCGGGGCUGCUGAGAUUCGCUCCCUGAUUGGGGCUUUUGUGUCAUUGCGUAUCCUUCCCUUAUUGGUCAAGUCCCUAUCACAUGACAAUAACACAUGGCUUUAACGCUACCGGGAGACAGCAGACCAGCGUUCACUGUAAACAACAGCAUGCACACAGAAAUGGGAGCGUUGUUUGCACUAUUGUCUGUUGUAGGCAGUGGCGUAGCGGACGGGCCCGCAGGGCACGCACAACCGAUCUACUUCUCCUUUAUUUUAACAAUUUAAUUGGACCGUUUAUUCUUUUCUUGUUCACAAUCACAGAUAUUUUAGUGACAGUUUCUGAACUUGUCUGAGUUUAUUUCAUAUGAAAGAUUACUGCACAUUCACUAACGUUACACAUCUAUAAUGAUAUACUGUAUUCAAACAGCAAUAAAUUUAGUUAAAUAAACAUGCUUAUAUGUAGUGCAAUUAUAAAUACCCCUUUAUUAACCAUAGGCUGUUAAACAGAAACGGUAGAACGUGAUGACGUCAGUGAUAUGCAAAUUGACGUAUGACGUAUCCAACCCCCCCCCCCAACCCCCCCUUCAUCAGGGGUUGUAGGCAGCAUUGUGUAGUUAUUCAUUUGUUACAUUUAGUAACAGCUCGACCUCGUCGUCUGUCCACAAAUAUACCUCUGUUGCUUUCUUUGCCAUCGCGUUCAUUGUUCAACCGGCGUUUGUUGACCAACAAUAACCAAAUGCCGAGCGAGACGCAUGCUUCCUGUUUAUACUAGAACGUGCAUGCCCAGAGUGCGCCAAUGGUCACGUCAUAUACGUUUAUGGUGGCGUAGUGUGGACGGAGAUAUGUUCAGAGACGCUAGGUGAAACGACAGUGUGGAUGCGGAUCGUUUUUGAUCUAAAACAAAUUUUUAAAACUAAAAUGCACUAGUGUAAACAGGGCCUGAAUCUACAAAAGUGCCCCACCUUCUGGCCUAGUCAAAGCCCUGACCUGAAUCCAAUUGAGAUGCUGUGAUUAGACCUUAAAUGGGUGCUUCAUGCUGGAAAAGCCUCCAGUGUGGCUGAACACAGGGCUGUGUGUGUUGCGUUUAGUUUUGCCUUAAUAAUAAAAACCUUCAUUUAAACGCUGCAUGAUGAGUUUAUCUUUGACUAAUAUUUAAAUCAGUUUGAUGAUCUGAAGCAUUACUUUUUGAUAAACCUGCAAAAGAAUUUGAAAUCAAACGGGUCAAACUAAUUUUCACACCACUGUAUAUAUAUAUAUAUUGCAAUAACUAUGUGCCACUUAUCAAUAUAUAUAUAAACAUAUAGGCAUAUGUACAUAUUUCAAAUUCUAGUGGUUGAAAGAAAACAUACGCAGACGGCCAUUUCUGCAACAUUUCAGAAUAUGUUUCAUAAAGGACAUAUUAUACAGGUGAAAUCAUCAAACCUUCAUCACUACUAAUGAUCCUGAGCUGGUCUGUGUGAUUGAAGAUGGAGUCUGAGUUUUUGGGUUUUAACAAAAUUUUACACACGUGUGUGUGUGUGUGUGUUUAUAUGAUCAAUAGAUGACAUGAACUCUUGAAUCACUGAUGCGUAUGGACCAAUAUCUGCACUGAUUGUGAACGUGUUGAACUCUUUGGUUCUGUUUGUGACGGUGUGAAUCUGCAUUGGGGAUUUCUCCGUUCUGCUCUGGAGUCGGGCUGUUUCAGAUGUAGCUCUGGGUUUAUUUAUAUUCAUUCUUCUGCUGAUUUAUAUGUGUUGAAUCUAUUUAAUUGGCGUUUGCUCCGCCACAGAUUUCUCCUGGAAUAUUUGUUCAUGACUGAUAUUUUAGGAUUGUACUAUUGAAGUGCAAAUAAAGUUUUGUUUGUUUUUA